AUGGUGCAUGUCAGAAUCAACGAGAAGGAAGCCAACCCAAAUCCGCACGUCAACUUUAUCGCGCCGCUGAGAUUAAACGACGCGGCGGCAGAAGAGGAGGCAAGACAGUUACUCAGAGCACUGGCUGCGCAGGUCAGGCCAAUCAUGAAAACUGAAGGAUUUGUGGUGAAUAGCCUGGAAGAGUAUGAACACAACCAGGUGUUUGCGGGUCGGAAUUGGAACAACGGAGAGGUCGUAGAGCUAGUAUUGCGCGGUGCAGGCGGCGCGUUCCUGCCCACCCCCUGGCUGCUGAGCACACUUUGCCAUGAGUUAGCCCAUAUCAAGCACAUGAACCAUGGACCCGCCUUUCAAGCGCUGUGGACGAAACUUAGAAAUGACGUGAGGGAACUACAGAGUAAAGGCUACUACGGGGACGGAUAUUGGUCUUCAGGUACCCGCCUCGCCGACUCGGCCCGCAUGGGCAGCCAGGGCCUCGACGCUGGAGACCUCCCCGAAUACAUGUGCGGAGGCGCACAGUCUCGCGCCCGUCCUACUUCUCUCCGACGUCGGAGACGUCAGGCCGGUCCCUCCAACCACACGGGUGCGCAGACGGCGAAACGCCGCAAGGCAGGCUCCAGAGUGACGGCGCAGGGAACCUUUCAAGGGUCAGGGAAAGCGCUGAACGAGGACGUCAGCGACGAGGAACGGAAGAAGGCAGGGACAGGCUUUCGCAAGAAAGCCGCCAGCAAGCGGGCAAGAGAAGAGCGAGCGUUGGCAGCUGAGCGGCGUUUGCUCGCUCUCCAAGGAAAGGGUGAGCGUGCGUCAGAUGCCAAGAAGGAAGAAGACGUAUCGGAUGAGGGCGAUGAGGACUACGACGACCCGCGCGAGACCGAUCAGGACCGUCGGCGUGUCAUGCUAGAGUCGACUGACGGCGCAGGGCUGGACAGCCUCAAGGCGUCACAGCGGGACUUCUUCGCCGACUUCAUACUGCCACCGACAGCGUUUAACUCAAAAUCGACAUCCAGGCCCACCCCAUCCUCUUCCCGAGCCGCUCCCAGCGGUAUGGAUCUCGGCACAUUAGAGUUGUCCUCCGACGAAGAUGUUCCACCGUCGUCAUGCGACGUGCAAUCUUUACCCAAAGGCGGUACAUCUGCAACAGCCUCAUCGUCUACGAAGGGCAAGGACAGGGCGCCACCCAAAGACUCGGGCAAGCGGCCGGAUCUAGGAUUAUGGCUGCACAGCAGCGGCAGCGGCAGUGGGGCGAAGAAGCCUGCCGAAAAAGCGGGGAAGGCGGGGAAGCUGGCUCUCGGCGCGCUUGUCCAAGAUGAGAUUCAGCUCAGAAAGCGCGAAUCGCUCGGGAUGAGCGGCAGUGGACGACGUCUGGGCGAUGCGCCCUCGGGAAGCAUUCCUCGUCAGCGGGGGCCAGGUGACCGAUCCGACCGAGUCGCGGGAGCCCAGGGAGACGGUGCCCGGGCGGACGUGCGCGCCUGGUCCUGUCAAGUGUGUACCCUGGAGAACGAAGCCCAGCAUCUUGCCUGCGCCGCGUGCGCCACGCCGCGCGGCCAGGGAGAAUGGUCCGGUAACUCGGUCUGA